GUAGAGAAUUUUCGUUAGUUAAAAUACGAACGCCUUACGGCAUGGACACGGACGAGAAGAAGGUGACAGCAACGGCGCCACAAGGCGCUCACGAUGAGAUCGACUUUACCAGCGGCUUCGAGACACAAUAUCACAAGGAAUAUAGCCCGCUGAGACCGAAAAAUGUGCCGCCGCCGGAUAAACGAAAUGCCUGGUUUCGCAGCACUUCCAGCAUCAUGAUGAUCAUCUUCCUGGCGGUCGUCUUUCUGCUGGGCACCGUGAUGCUGGUGGUAAUGGUAUUUACAGCCAGUCCACUGCAGGUGUUACUCAUUGUGUGCGCCUAUGUGGUCAUUGCGGCGCUGAUGAUCUGGAUUGAAGUGAACAGCAUCAAGGUGCGGUGAUUCAACGAGCGCCACGUACUGCUCCCACGCUCAGCGUCAAUGCAACGAAUAUUCCUAUGUGUGUAAUUUUUGAAUUGUGUAGCAAAUUACUCGGCUCCUAAGUGUUAUUUGAAAAUUAUCAUAAAAAAAAAAAAAAAAAAAAUACGAAAAGACUUUUUGCUGAUUAUAGCAUUUUAUAGUUAAUACUGAUAGCAACUAGAUUUUAAAUUGAAAAAAAAAAAACUAAAAUAAAAAAUAAAAUUCCAAUAAAUAAUCAAAGAUUGGACUUCGCUGCGUAGCUGUUUUCUACUAUUUACUUUAUUUAUAUUUGUUAGUAUUCCUGUAAAGUUAAAGAUAAUAUUGAGGCAACUUGCUAUAUAUUCAAGCCUGCUAAGUGCAAUAAAAACGUUUCUCAUGACCAAUAAGCAAUUAA